GCUUUGUCAGUCACCCUGCUCCGCCGUCGCUCAGCUCGUCGAGGCAGGAGGAUUUUCUCUUAUCUGCUGAAACCGCUGUGUUUUUUUUCUCGGGUGAAUAUGGCCGCGGGUCCCCUCUCUGUGUCCUCUAACGCGUCCACGAACAACGAUGGCAUCCUCAUCGGUGACAAAGUAUACUCGGAGGUGUACCUGACCAUCGACAACUCUCUGAUCCCGGAGGAGAGUCUCUCCCCGACGCCCUCGAUGCUGGACGGCCUCGACCUGAACACCGAGACCGACCUCAGGAUCCUGGGCUGUGAACUCAUCCAGUCUGCGGGCAUCCUUCUGAGACUACCACAGGUGGCAAUGGCAACCGGACAGGUUCUGUUUCAUCGUUUUUUCUACUCCAAGUCCUUCGUCAAACACAGUUUUGAGAUUGUUGCUAUGGCUUGUAUCAACUUGGCCUCCAAGAUUGAGGAAGCUCCCAGACGAAUACGAGACGUCAUCAAUGUUUUCCACCAUUUGAGACAGAGCCGAGGCAAAAAGGCUCCAAGUUCUUUGAUACUUGAUCAGAACUACAUAAAUACCAAAAACCAAGUCAUCAAAGGGGAGCGGCGGAUCCUGAAGGAGCUGGGCUUCUGUGUGCAUGUCAAGCAUCCUCACAAGAUUAUCGUCAUGUACCUUCAAGUCCUGGACUGUGAGAAGAACCAGACUCUGGUCCAGACCGCCUGGAACUACAUGAACGACACCCUGAGGACGAAUGUGUUUGUGAGAUUCCAAGCCGAGACCAUCGCCUGUGCCUGCAUAUUCCUCGCUGCCCGAGCGCUGCAGAUUCCUCUGCCCACCAGACCUAGCUGGUACCUGCUGUUUGGAGCCAGCGAGGACGAUGUGAAAGAAGUCUGUCUCACCACCCUCAGACUCUACACCAGGAAGAAGCCUAACCUCGACCAGCUGGAGAAGGAGGUGGAGCGGAGGAAGGUGUAUCUUGCCGAGGCCAAGCUGAAAGCUAAAGGUCUGAACCCCGACGGCACCCCGGCACUGUCCACGCUUGGCGGCUUCUCUCCUGCCUCCAAGCCCUGCUCCCCUGCAGUGAAGGUGGAGGAGAAAUCCCCAAACCCCCAGACGCUCAAAACCGUGAAGAAGGAUCCCGACAGCCGGAGUCAAGCCAACAAGAGUCCACACAACGGCGUUAGGAAAGAUGUGAAGAUCGGGAGGAACAGUAGGAGCGGAAGUCGAUCUCGUUCAAGAACACGAUCCAGAUCUAGAUCCCGUUCCCCGCGCCGACAUUACAACAGCAGACGCAGUCGCUCAGGUACCUACAGCUCUCGCUCACGUUCCCGCUCUCACAGUCGCAGUCCAUCGCCUCGGCGGCACCCGCCCUCUCCCCUCCUCCCCCACCUCAAGUCCAAGUCCGGCCACCAUAGCAACAGCGACUCCUCCAAGCCCAGCGGUCGCCACAGCAACAGUGGCGGCGGCGGCAGUGGGGGGUCGGGUCACAAGAGGAAGCGCACGCGUUCCCGGUCACGAUCCCGCUCGCCCGUCAAAGUUGAGCGGGAGAGGGAAAGGGAGAGGGAGCGUGAGAGGGAGAGAGAUCGCGGCUCGUUCGACCUUUCCUCAAAGAAACAUAAACACGAGCGGGGAGGCGGUCACCGCGGCGACAGGAGGGAGAGGGAGAGGUCCCGGUCCUAUGACAGGGAGAGAGAGAGGGAGCGCAGCCACAAGAGCAAACACCACAGCAGUAGUGGCCACUCAGGACACAGCCGCCAUCGCCGCUGACAACACACACACACGCGGGCUCUAGGACUGACGGUCACUUUACUAUUUGCAGUUAUACUCAACGUGAAUCCGACCUGGCGUGCUCUCUGAAGAAUGUUGAAUACCGUUGAUUGUCUCAUAAUAUCAGUGUGACUCCUGCAGACGUUUUGCAAGUUCUUCCAAAGGUUAAAUCUGUGGAAGUGAACCGGUCAAAUGAUUUCUUUAGCAUCGGUUAACGAGAACUUGCACACACUGCAGCUGUAGAAGCCAAAUGCAGUAGAGAGAACAUGCCUAGUGUGGUUUUGUUUUGAGUAUAUUGCCAGCUUAAUACCAUCAUGUUGGGUGUCUGGGUUUCUCAUACGCAUCCUGAAGAUGACCAUAAGAUGUAAACUAUAUGGUUUACAGGAAUCUUGUCUUUUAUCACUCUUUCUUUUUAUGGCCUUAGCAUUUAAGAUGAGUUAUGUAAAUGUUAUAUUAAAAUGUAAAAAGCCUUUACUUUAAAGGCAAUUACCAAAUCAAAUUAACACAGAUUCUGCAUGUACAAACGUUUGUGACAUUUGUCAUCUACACAGCCGCACACCUGUAGCUGAUAUUUAGCAGAGGGGUGUGUUGUGUUAAUGAGUGUGUGAGGAACCCAGCGACUGUCUCUUAACCCUUUUCUUCACCGCACAGUGACAUCAGUCCCAGACCUGUCGUCGUCCACUUCACAUUUUAGGUUUUUCUUAUUUUCCUAUCAUACCUCCUCCCCACACACACCACUACCAUCUCUAGCCUACCCAUGCGUUCUUAGUUUUACAUGUAAAGUUAUGGACUUUGGGGGAGACAAAACUUAUUUACAGUGUAAAGAAGGAUCGAUAUCUGCUGACGAAAUGUGAACGCUUUGAUUUAUAAAAGCGAGCUGCUCAGUGGAACCGUUGAAUGAACAAAUGUAAAAAAUAAAAAGCCGAUCAUUCAGGAAAGAUCAAUAUGUUUGCACAUUAAGGGACUGGUGGGCGAGUGGUUUUUCUUUAGCUUUUUAUUUGGACAGAUGUGAUACUAAAGCUGUGUUUUGUAAAGUUUAAAAAAAAUCUGAUGUUUUUCCUUUUUUUUUUUUACAGCAGGAGAUGCAGACUUGUUUCAAAUUUUAGGGUUGUCAAUUUGUUACACUGGUUUUAGUCUGCACGUGUUCAUGUCCAAUUUUUACUCAAUAAAAAGUGAGUUAUGCCACUGAA